AUGAAUGAAGCCGUAUUUUUGCAAAUUGCUGGAUUUCCUGGCGUUGUCGGGGUUAUCGACGGUACUCACGUCCGUAUCCAGGCUCCACACAAAGACGAGCCUGAGUUUGUCAAUAGGAAGCACUUCCACAGCCUGAAUGUACAAGUAAUUUUUGAUGCCGAGUACAAGCUGAUGGACGUGGUAGCCAAGUGGCCCGGGUCAACUCACGACGCACGGAUUCUGCAUGAGAGUGGCAUAAAGCAAAUGUUUGACCGGCGUCUCGUUCCCGGAGGAUGUCAUCUGCUAGGCGACAGCGGGUACCCAUGUAAAACAUGGCUCCUGACACCCUUCCUGAGACCUCAACCUGGCGACCAGUCACGCUAUAACAGGGCACACAAAAGAACCAGAAGUGUGGUGGAACGAGGAAUUGGCCAGAUGAAGAGGCGAUUCCAUGUUCUCCAUGGAGAAAUCCGCUUAACACCUGCCAAGACUUGCAAAGUAAUUCUCGCAUGCUCGGUUCUACAUAACAUUUGUAAAGCCCGUAACAUCCAGAUGCCACCAGAUGAAGCUGGUGAUUACCCUGACGAUGAUGAAGAGGAGAGAGACGAAGAAACGGAAGCCGCAGGAGCACCCAAUCCACAAGGACAUGGCCUGCGACAUCGUCUUCAGUUCACCAACAUUCACUUCCAUGGUACUUAAUCAGAGUAAAAUAAUAUGAUAUAUAUAUAUGUUUUUUAAUAUGACGGCCACUUGUGGGGCCGGCCAAAAUUGGACGUCAUAUCCAGGUCCGAAUAAAUGUCAACAAAAAUUUACAAUUUUAUUGUUAUGCUAGAAAUCUUUAAUAAAAACUAAACAAAUACACUGUACAUCCAAAUUUACGCUUACCCUCUGUACUAGCGUUAACGCGAUCGGCUUACGAAUUUUAGGUGCCAUUUUUAGAAACAAAUGUCAGAAAUAAACAGCAACAGUAUUUAAUAAUAAUAACCUCAAGAGCUGACACGUUGUUUUCGGUAACAAGACUCAACAACUGCUUUUAAUGAUUACCUUCGAUUACAUCUCAAGGUGAAAACACCUGUUAAUUGUCGAAUACGAGCAUGCGCCACUAACUACACUGGUCUACUAAUUGCCGCCAGUUACCCGUCUUCAGCACUUGUCACAAGAUUAAAGGAUUUUUUUUCUUAUCAAAGCUAACCUGGAACAAUUCAUGGAACACCGAACAACACCAAACAUCUAACAUGUUAAUUUCUAUAUUAAAGAAGCAACCACAAAAGUGGCCGGCAUGAGACUAAAUGAUACUGCAAUGUAUUCAUCAUAUUGUGUUUACAGUUAUGACCUUUGACAUGACGUGACCUGACACAACAGAUCACUAAUGCUUAAUAAACAGCCAAUCAAAUAAAUACAUAACGGUUGCUACAUAUUGUAAUCCUAUAGCACCGCUCAUGUUGUUAUGUUCGUGGGUGGGUUUUUUUUAAAGUGAACAUGAUCGCUGAUAUUCCGGCUGAGAACCGGCUUUCAAUUCAACAUUUAUCACGGUAACUGCUGCAUCCAUUUCUUUACAAUGCAUUUUUAUGGCCGCGACAACAGGUUCAUUUUCGCCUUUUAGUUCGAAAAUUGUGACCGGUAGCCGCGUUGAGCAGGUGGUUGACAUACAAAGUUAAAACACAUAGUAAAAUACGUUGGGGAACCUCAACAUGGCUGUCAUAGACAGGUGGCCGCC